GGAACGGCAGUCAUAGGCGGUGAAAAGCAUUCCGAAAAUACUUCUGAUUUCAGGACAGGAGCAUUUCACCUUGAAGUUGAUGGCAGCGAAGCCAAAUUAGGGGGCAGCAUUGCAACCAACCAUUGGUGCGCCAUCAACAGGCCGAGCUUCAGAAGCAGCUAGUCAAGUUACAGGGGUGGAACAGGUUGCAAAAAAGAGGGGCUCCUUCGAUUUCUCCUGCCACAAUUGCAGCAUCUAAGCAGACAGACCGCAGAGAGUCCUGAGCUCAUUGUUGGCACUUGGCUGGCCAUGGAUGAUUAUGAGGGAGAGGGGUUGUUUGAUGAUGAAGAAGGAAACGAGAAUGAAGGUUUCGAGCUCACCUCAGGGGGAAAGGAGAGGGUCAUCUACUUGGUCGAUUGUCAUCCGCACAUGUUCCUUCGAACCAAUGACGAGGAGGAGGAUGCGAAGACUUUCUUUGACGCGGCGAUGGAGGCCAUUGCGUCAGACUUGAAGAACAAGAUCAUUAGUCAGGCCAGUGACGAAACGGGACUCUGCUUCUUCAACACGCGGGAGAAGAAGAACGUGCAUGGCUGGGAUGGCAUCUACAUCUUUCAGGAGUGUGAUGUGCCGUCAGCUCAACGCAUUGAAGAGGUCUCAAAGAUCAGCAGGGACUUCGAAGCGAGCAUUGGGGCCAGAAAACAAGCCCAGGCUGCGACAAUCAACCCGGUGUAUCAUGCGCUGUUUACAGCACAGUCAAUGAUGCAGAGUGCAAGCAAGCUGGGCGUCAAGCGCGUCCUCAUCUUCACCAACAACGACGACCCCCUGGCUGAGGUCAGCGCCGCCGAGCAGCGCAGCAUGCGCAACCAGACUAUCGCCAAGGCUCGGGACAUGGUUGAUAGCAAUAUCUCCAUCGAGCUGCUCCCAAUGAGCCGGCCUGGAGAGGAGUUCGACAUCCGGUUGCUUUACAAGGACGUCAUGUCGGAAGGGGAGGAGGACGACCCAUCCAACUUUAUAGUGAGCGCACAAGCCAAGUUUGAGGACAUGCUGUCGACCGUGCGGAAGAAGAUGCUGAAGAAGCGGGUCCAGCGGAAGAUGACCCUUGCGAUCGCGCCCGGCGUGGAGGUGGGCAUGAACCUGUACGCGCUCAUCCGCACGACGCGACCAUCGCGAGCCGGGACCCUAGACUCUCGGACGCAGCAGCCGCUCAAGGUCGAGACGAAGUUCAUCUGUGGCGACACGGGGGGAGAGUUGGACAAGCACACCAUCCAGAAGUUCUACCCGUAUGGCGCGGAUAAGGUGGUGUUUAAGCAGGACGAGCUGCAGGAGAUGCGGAAGCUGCGGGACCCCGGGCUGCAGCUGCUGGGGUUCAAACCGGUCGCGUGCCUCAAGCCGUACCACAACCUCAGUCCGCCCGGGUUCCUCUACCCGAGCGACGAGAAAAUAUCUGGCAGCAUCAAAGCCUUCAUUGCCCUGCACACAGCCAUGGUCAAGUUUCAAAAGUUCGCCGUCUGUAGCCACGUGCCCUCGAUCCGUUCCAACGUCAAGCUAGUCGCGCUUGUCGCUCAGGAGCAAGUUGUGGACGAAAGCGGCGCGCAACUGGAGCCGGCCGGGUUUCAACUCAUCCCGCUGCCGUUCUCCAACGACAUCCGGGACCCAGUCAAGCACCACGCAAGCGAAGCGGGCCUCGCGCCGCGGGCCUCCCAGGAGCAGAUUGACCGAGCGGCUGACCUCCUGAAGAAGAUCGACCUGGGGAACACCUUCAGUGUGGUCCAAAUAGCAAACCCUGCUCUGCAAAAGCACUACGCGUCCCUCCAGGCGCUUGCGUUAGAUGAGGACACAAUCCCCGAGGUCGAAGACUGCACGCUGCCCGACGAGGAGGGCAUUACCCGGCCGGUGGUUACCAAGGCGGUGAACGCGUUCAAGGAGUCGGUGUACGGCCCCGACUGGGAGGAGGCUGAGGCGGCGGCCGCGACGCAGCAGGCCCAGCCGAGCGAAGCGGCGAAGAAGCGAAAAGCCGCCGCGGACUUGGCGGCAUCGCAGCAGGGUGCAUUCAACUGGAAAGAGUUGGCGGAGAAAGGGCAGCUAAACACGCUGAAGAACGAGGAGCUUAAGACAUACUUGAGAGCGAACGCCUUGCAAGUGGGUGGUAGCAAAAACGCCCUGAUAGAGAGAAUACUGAAGCACAUGGGUUAUUGACGGUCCGGAGAAGGACUGACGCCACCAACUUGACGCCCAUUGAAGCUGCCCCUCAAGACUUCCUAUUUGUCUCUCCUUGAGUGACGUUAAGGAUCAGGAUUAGAUCUGAAGCACGAGCACUACUGACUGAGACGUAGAUUGGAUGGAGUCAUCUAGCUGCUCUUGGACUUUGACUACAUUCGAGUACAAUGUACAUAAUACAACGGUUAAGCAAGGGCGGCGAUUGCAUGCUAUAGUAGUCUGCGAAGUCAAUGUCAGAGGUUGGAAAAGCUUUUUCUGUCGGCUCGGUAGUCUGCAAUUGGCUUUACCGGCCGGCUGAGCCCACCAAGUGCCUGCCAUUUCUGCCGG